AGAUUUCAAUGAACGAGCCGCAGCAACCUUCAACAUCUGAAAAUGCCACUGCAGUGACAAGUGAAGAGCAACCACAACUUAUUGAUCCAUUUAUCGAUUUUGAAUGCCACGUGUGUCAUUUAAAAGAGAGAACAUUGUUCGGAGAACUUAAAGUUAUUGAUGGACGCUACGAUUCUCCGGUCUACUUUAUGAGGGAUCCAUUUAAGCCGCCAUCCCGUGAUCGGGCCAAGAAGCCGUGUCUCAACGAUUUCCUGGUACUCGGAACUCCAUGCUCUGCUUGCAAUCAACCCGUCUGCAUGUCAGAUGCUUGUUCACUGUUUUUCGGAGCCAAUUUUUGUGCUCCGUGUGUUAGUAGAGAGCGUCGCCGAUUUCCACCUCAACUUAUUCGGGGAAUUAUUACUAAAUACGAAGCAAACAUUUAAGAUUUUUAUUUUUGUGCAUUUUACGUUACGGAAAUAAAUAAUGACAUUUGUGUUUUGAAUAAA